AUGGAGGAGGUGUCUGUUGAUGAGGCGGCCUCAGCUACGCCAAAUGGCACGGCCGUGACAUCUCCUCCUUCAUCAGCGCCAGAGGAGGUAGUCUCGCCGCAAAAGGAGCUGCCUGCUGCGCCGGCCAGCCCUACAAAGCCUACAGAUUCCCAGACGGCUGCCCCGCCCGCUAUCGUUCUCAAUCCCGCCGACAUACCUACCUCCCCUCCUCCACCUCCGCCCAAGCCCCAGUCACCGUCCAGCUUGAAGUCACCUCCUCCCUUCUCGCGGCCCAUACCCACCCGGACGGACACAGAGGCGAGCAUGCAGGAUGUGGAUCUGAGCCGAGGGACAACACCCGUCCCUCCCGGCUCAGACCCCACCUCACCUCCUGCCCACCGAAGCAACCCCGCCUCAUCCAGCGUCACGUCUCUCCACUCGGUCACUUCCUCGGCGCAAACACCCUCGCGACCCUCCUCUACGCGUCCAAGCAGGGUGGAUCACUCACGCCGUUCUUCCACCGCGACCACCCUCUCCUUAUCCUCCAUGCCUCAGGCAAAUGCCCGUGCCCCUCAGCUAUCCUCGGUCCUCAUUACCCCUCCUCUGCAGGUGCUCGUCAACUCCAAAGAAGCGGGACGGUCCGCGUCCUUCUCGGCGGCCGCUAAAAAGGCUUUGGAGCUAUGCCAAGACACCUCCAACGCGGCCUUCAUGCACCCUAGGGAGAUCUUCGAGCCGCUCCGCUUAGCCAUCUCCAAUCCCCAGACCACCUCCGUUCCUAUCCUCAUUACCUCGCUCGACCUCCUGUCGAAACUCAUCUCCCACUCCUUCUUCUCGGAGCCCAAUGGUCCGCCCAAGGGUCUCUCCCCUCUGCCGGAUCUCAUCACCCACACCAUCACCCUCGCGUACUCGGAAGCGUCGCCGGCGCCGGUAGCCCUUCAGGUCGUUAAGGCGCUCAUGGCGAUAGUGCUGUCGACAGACAAGGGGAUGCUGGUACACCAGUCGUCCCUCCUUAAGGCGAUCCGGACGGUAUACAACGUCUUCCUCCUGUCCACGGAUGCGAGCAACCAGGUGGUCGCACAGGGAGGAUUGACGCAGAUGGUGCAUCACAUUUUUGGUAGGGUUUUGAGGCCAGACCCGAAAGCGGUGAGGCGAUCGACAGGAUUGAGCGAGAAUGAGGCGAGGAGACGUGGGACGCCGACGAAGGGUGGGCAAGGGAGCGUUUCUGGAAGACAGACACCAGCACCUACCACGCCAAAGGAGGCGAAUGGAGAGCUGCCGAAAAUGACUCUGGACUCUUUCGCCGAGCCCAACCCCAAUGACGCCAUUCCCACCGCUCCAGCACCUAUCGCCCUCGAAGCACCACUCCCGUCCCCAUCCCUCGAGGCUCAGCCUCCAGCACCGUCAAUCUCGGUUCCAGCGCCGAAUGGUGAUGCGCUCGACACGCCCGAGCCAGACGCUGCAGCUCCAGCAACCCCGCGAGCAGAUGUCAACCUGGACGAGGAGGGAAGUCUGGACGCCCUUGGUCGGCCUAUCCCGGUGGAGGACUUGUUCGUCAAGGAUGCCUUUUUGGUGUUCAGGGCGCUGUGCAAGCUCAGCAUGAAGCCGCUCGUUACGGACAGCGAACGUGACCUCCGCUCGCACGCCAUGCGGUCCAAGCUUUUGUCCCUCCACCUCAUCCUCACUGUUCUCCGCUCGCACGCCGACCUCUUUGUCAACUCGGCUAUUUGCAUCCCGUCCAAUUCGUCCCUCGAGAUGACUCCUUUCUUGCAGGCGACCAAGCAGUACCUCUGCCUCAGCUUGAGCCGGAACGCUGUCUCCACCGUGAACCAGGUGUUUGAGCUCAGCGUGGAGAUCUUCUGGUGUAUGCUCAAGUCGAUGCGGGCGCAAAUGAAGAAAGAGAUCGAGGUCCUCCUCAACGAAAUCUUUAUCCCCAUUCUCGAGAUGCGCCACUCUACCAUCCGCCAAAAAUCCCUCAUCCUCGCGGUCUUCAUCCGGCUUUGCCAAGACCCGCAGGCCCUCGUAGAGAUCUACAUCAACUACGACUGCGACCGUGCCGCCCCCGAGAACAUCUACGAGAAGCUCAUGAACAUUGUUUCGAAAAUCGGUCAAACGCACUUUGCCCCUCCGAGCAAGGAGGAGCUGAAGCAGGGGGAAGGCAAGUCGGCCAAGGAGGGGAUGGGAGGACCCAACAUUCCUCCGAGCUUGACCACGGCGGCGAUGGGGGAGAAGGAGCACGCGAGCUACGCGGGCCUCUCGCCCGAGAUCAAGCUCAGGAGACAGAGUCUCGAGUGUCUCGUCAAUGCCCUCAAAUCACUCGCUACUUGGGCAACGGCCAAUUCCGGCUCGGCAGCCACGGGAACCAAAGGCGACGCAGACCCGCGCGCGUCGGAGGAUACGGCUCGACCUCUCGCACAUCGGAACGGUACCGCUGCGUCUGACAACUUUGAUCUUGCCGCUCCGUCGCCGAUUUGGCCAGGCGCCAAUUCGGGCUCGGCUACCCCCGGCGGACCUGGCGCGUCGAGUACUGGCGUCAACACGCCUGAUCCGGAUGACGAUGUUGCGCGGCUGGAAGGGCAGAAGCAGCGCAAGACGACGCUCCAGGAGGGUAUCAAGAAGUUCAACUUCAAGCCCAAGCGGGGUAUUGAGUUCUUGGUGGAGAAUGGCUUUAUCCGGAGCAAGGCGCCGACGGAUAUUGCGCGCUUUCUGCUCCAGAAUGAGGGGUUGAGUAAGGCCAUGAUCGGAGAGUACCUCGGCGAGGGUGAUGCCGACAACGUCGCCACCAUGCACGCCUUUGUCGAUAUGCUCGAGUUCGCCGACAUGCACUUUACCGAGGCGCUUCGGAUGUACCUCCAGACUUUCCGUCUACCGGGAGAGGCGCAAAAGAUCGACCGGUUCAUGCUCAAGUACGCCGAGCGGUACAUGGAGGGUAACCCGGACGGGACGUUUGCCAAUGCCGACACGGCCUAUAUUCUCGCCUUUUCGGUCAUCAUGCUAAACACGGAUGCGCACAACAAGAAUCUAAAACAAAAGCGGAUGACCAAGGUGGAGUUUGUCAAAAACAACCGGGGAAUCAACGACGGCAAGGACUUGCCAGAGGAGCUGUUGGGGGAGAUCUAUGACGAGAUCCAGGCGAACGAGAUCAAGAUGAAGGACGAGAUCCAGGAGCCGGGAACGACGCCCGCGGGCGGUAUCUCUGGAUCACUCGCUACGGUCGGUCGGGACCUCCAGCGGGAGGCGUACGUCGCUCAAUCGGAGAACAUGUCGACCAAGACGGAAGCCCUUCUCAAGGCCAUGGUCCGCCAACAACGCCGAGGCGUCACUCGGCCGACCGACCACUUUUACUCGGCGUCCCGGCUCGAACACGUUCGCUUCAUGUUUGAAGUCGCGUGGAUGCCGUUCCUCGCGGGUAUCUCAGGUCCCCUGCAGGAGACGGAUGAUAUGGUCGUUGUCGAGCAGUGCCUAGAGGGUCUGCGUGCAGCGAUCAAGAUUGUCUGUCUGUUUGACAUGGACCUCGAGCGGAAUGCGUUUGUCUCGACCCUCGCCAAGUUCACGUACCUCAACAAUCUGGCGGAGAUGCGUCCGAAGAAUAUGGAGGCGAUCAAGAGUUUGCUGGAGAUUGCGAUUGGGCCGGAUGGGAGUAAUCUCAAGGCGAGCUGGAAGGACGUGUUGACGUGUGUCAGCCAGCUGGAGAGGAUGCAGUUGAUCUCGAGCGGGAUGGACGUGCCGGAUCUGAACAGGAGAGAAUCAACAGCAAGCGGGAAAAAGCCGACCAAAAAGCGCCCAGCAGAAGAGAUCGCCGAGGAGUCUCGCUCAAGAGAAGUCACCGUCGCGGCCGAUAUGGUGUUCUCGCAAACAAAGAACCUGUCAGGGUCCGCUAUCGUCGACUUUGUUCGUGCGCUUAGCGAAGUCUCAUGGGAAGAGAUCCAGUCAUCCGGCGCCUCUGCUCGACCGAGGAUGUUCAGUCUGCAAAAGCUCGUCGAGAUUUCUUACUACAACAUGGACCGGAUCAGGCUGGAGUGGAGUGGGAUAUGGCAGAUUCUGGGGGAGCAUUUCAACCAGGUCUGCUGUCACAACAACCCGAAUGUCAGCUUCUUUGCGCUCGACGCGCUCCGCCAACUCGCUAUGAACUUCCUGCAGAAGGAGGAGUUGUCCCACUUCCGUUUCCAGAAGGACUUCCUCCGGCCGUUCGAGUACACCAUCAUCAACAACAAAAACUCGGACGCUCGUGAGAUGGUCCUCCAAUGCCUUCAACAAAUGCUCCAAGCUCGGGUCCAGAACCUUCGAUCCGGCUGGCGAACGAUGUUUAGCGUCUUCUCGGCCGCCUCCAAAGUACUCACCGAGAGUGUCGCCAACUACGCCUUUGAACUCGUCACCCUCGUCUACCGCGAACACUUUACUCUCGUUGUCAAGUACGGCGCGUUCUCGGAUCUCACUACCUGCAUCACGGACUUCUGCCGCGUCAGCAAGUUUCAGAAGAUCAGUCUGCAGGCGAUUGAGAUGGUCCGUGGGCUGGUUGGGAAGAUGCUGGAGUGCGAGGAGUGCCGGCUAGGCGAGGUCGCCGAUGUUGAUGUAGAGGAAGAGGGGCGGGAGCCGAUGAUGAAGUACUGGCUGCCCGUACUGCAUUCGUUCUACGAGAUCAUCAUGACGGGUGAAGACCUUGAGGUGCGGAGACUAGCUCUCGACUGCCUAUUCGAAACCCUCAAGAUCCACGGCCGAAACUUCUCCCCUCCCUUCUGGAACACCAUCAACCAGCAAAUCCUCUUCCCCAUCUUUGCGAUCCUCCGCGCCAAGUCCGACGUCCGCUUCCGGUCUGCCGAGGAGAUGUCGGUAUGGCUGUCGACGACGCUCAUUUCGGCGCUGAGGGAGAUGAUUGAGCUGUACACGGUGUAUUUCUCAGUCAUGCAGCGGUUCCUGGAUGGGCUGUUGGAUAUUCUUAACGACACUCUCGCUCGGAUAGGGACGUCCUGUUUCCAGCAGCUGCUUGAAAGCAAUGUCCGGAAGCUUUCGCCGGAGAAAUGGGAGAGUAUUGUCUCGGCCUUCGUCAUGCUCUUCCGCACGACCACGGCUGGCCAGCUAUUUGACCCGCAGCUCUCGAUCGAGCUCGAGCCGGAUGAGAUGGUCGAGGAGGAUGCCCCAUUCCAAAAGUUCGUUGCCCCCGCCCCACUCGAUCCCGCUUCUGAGAAAGCGCCCGCCCUUCCCCCUACUCUCGCCUUCAAGGAUCAACGCCGAAUCUUCCGACAAAUCAUCGUCAAAUGCGUUCUUCAGCUUCUCCUCAUCGAAACAACGCAUGGCCUGCUGCAGAAUGAUGAUGUGUACAAUACCAUCCCGGCGGAGCAUCUGCUGAGAUUCAUGGGUGUCCUGGACGAUUCGUGGAGGUUUGCGAGAAAGUUCAAUGCGGAUAAGGAUCUGAGGACAAAGUUGUGGAAAGCAGGAUUCAUGAGGCAAUUACCGAACUUGCUCAAGCAGGAAUCGAGCGCCGCCGCUACACUCAUCAAUGUCCUUUUGAGGAUGUACAGGGAUCCGAGGGAUGCGCAUCGCGCGACAAGGACAGGUGUACUAGAUCGGCUUGUCCCACUGAGUACCGAGGUGAUCAAAGAUUUUGUCAAUAUCGACCCGGAAAUGCAACCUCGUAACGUCGCUGCCUGGACGCCUGUUGUCACUGAGGUCUUGCGGGGCUGUAUCGGCCUUGAGGAUGCAGCAUUCGAGCAACACGUGCCAACGUACUAUCCCCUCGUCAUGGAUCUGCUCAGUCGACAGCAGGCACCGGAAAUGAGGCUGGCGAUGAGGGAUUGGCUGGCGAGAGUAGGGGUGGAGAAGGGCUUAAUGAGGCCGGGGAGGUACGAGAGUACAUGA